UGGUUCAGAGUAGGUUUGGCAUGGUGGCAAGACCUCUUCACAGUCUCAUUUCAACGCUGUGAGAGAGAGGAGCUGUGUUGCGUGUCUGUGUACCAGCAAGGAGGGUGUUGAGGAGCCCCUACACCCAGCUACACCCCGGAAAACACCCUGCAACACCUUAUAAACACGAUAAAACAAGGGGCGGAAACUCUCUAUGGGAAGAAAUAUGAUGUUUACCUGUGUACCAGCCCAGGUGACAUGAAUCUGCCUGACCCACGUGACUUGAAGUGUACUUUAUAAGUGUAUAAGUGUACUGAAGGCAAGGAGGGUAUAAGUGCACGUGGAUAGAACUGCAGUGGUGUGGUGUGUGUAGUUUUCAUAAGUGUGACAGCCAUGGCGUGCGAGUUUUACUUAUAUAAGUGAGAGGAAAGAAAACUCUCAAAGAUGGAACGAGAUUAGCGACCUCACAACACACCAAUUGGUGGGCUCCCUCACCACCUGCCAAGGCGACUCGCUAAGGGACGCUGAGGAUGAUGAUGGUUGUGGCGCGCGAGGGAGCCAGCAGCAUGGACGUCCUGGAGGGGAGGCAGGAACCUUCCAGCCCUGACCACGCAGAACCACAACCCCACCUCAAUAUGUCUUGUCCCUCCACACCCACCAGGGGCGGUGGUGUAAGCCCCAGCGAAGGGCCAACCCCCCCCCCCCAGCCGCCGCCCCCCCAGCAAGGCACCCCACAAUCCUCUGAAGGGUACUGGAAUAUGCAUCUCGAGGUUUUAAGCAAGCUAAAAGGAGAGGUGAAGGAUUGGUACGAGGGUGAGAGCCUUGACGCGGGGAUAGGACAAGCCAGCUCCAUCAAACAAGAGCAGGAUUAUGGUCCAUACUCCCACCUCCACCAGCACCAUCCAAUGACUCCUGAUUCUAUGCACGGGGCCUCCCUCAACGGACCACUGGGGGGCCCUCACAGCAGCCCUCACAUGGGGUACCCUUUACAGCAGUCACAGCAGCAGCAUCAACAGCAACAUUACCAGUACCCUGGGAUGGGGGACCUACCGCCAAUGUCCCCGGGUUACCAAGGACAUCCCCGGCACCCACAGCAGCAUCUUGGGCAACAGCAUAUGGGUCAGCACAUGGGGCAGUACACAGACCAGCAGCAGUAUGGGCAGUAUGGGCAGAUGGCACACAUGGGUCAGGGUAUGCAGGGCCACCCGGGACAUGACGGACCAACAGGAAGAGAAGGCGAUCCAUACAGCUUUGUUGACGAGUACUCCGGGCCUCCGCCUCGCCCAGUGGAGGAGGUGCUGGGGACGUCACAACCGAAAAGAAGAGGCAGGAAACCCAAGCAUAUCAAGCUCAUGGAGAACGGCGGCGAUCCUCUAGCCAUCGCCGCGGCCCAGGCAGCUCACGAGGCGAAGAAAAGGAAGUGGAAACAGCUCGGGCCAGACGGAAAGCCAAUCUUAGCCCCAAUCAAGCAGAGGAAGAAAGUCGACAGGUUUGACGGGAUCUCUGAAGACGAGGUGACGAAAAGGACACUCCCAGAUCACUUGGGGCCAAAUUUGGACAUAGUCAUUAUUUCUAAAUUCCCAUUCCAGAUCGGUAUAAAUCCAGGUUUGUUUGCUGCUUACAAGGGACACCACUAUGCUGGUCCUGGGAACCAUUUCUCGAGUGAGAAGGCAGGCGGGGACAGGCCGAACAAGCACAGAAGCAACCACACCGACGUGGCUUCUCUUGCUACAGGGAAGUGUCUAUACCUCUCCGGACUUAUCCCCGAGCCUCUCACCUCAGAGGACGACUUCAGGCUACUAGAACACGGCAUUGGAUUCACCAACAUCGUGGCUAGGACUACCAGGGGUUCGGCUGACCUCACGCGGAAGGAGAUCAAAGAGGGGGGACAGAUAUUGCUCACCAAAUUACAGCAGUUCCAACCAAGAAUUGCGGUGUUCAACGGAAAGGGAAUCUACGAAAUUUUCUCCGGCAAGAAGGAGUUUACUUUCGGCAGACAACCUGAGAAGAUCGAAGGCACGCGCACGCACGUGUGGGUGAUGCCGUCGUCGUCGGCCCGCUGCGCCCAGCUGCCGCGGGCGCUGGACAAGGUGCCGUUCUACACAGCGCUGCGGAAGUUCCGUGACUUCCUGAAAGGCACGCUGAAGGAGCUGAACGAGGAGGAGAUCACUUUCAUCAACGCCAAGGUCAAGAACCUCAAGAUGGAGGCGGCGGACAAGAUGGAGCUUGGGUGCGAGGCGCGGUGCGAGGGCCAGCCCGCCACGGAGCUGUGCCGCGGCCCAGAGCACCCACUUGGCUCGCCUCCCGGGAGCGAGGAGGACCGGCUGGUGAUCAAGGAGGAGCUGGAGCUGCCCACCAAACUGGAUGGUGACCUGGAGGAGGAGGAGCUGACCAAGGACAUCCCACGCACGCUGUUCAACCUGAACGGCAUGACGAGGGAACAGUUGGACUGCAUGGAGUGCCCCACCAUCCCCAUCAGGAAGAAACGUGGCCGCCCCAAGAAAACUCCGGACGACCCCAACGCCCCGCCCCGGCCCCGUCCCCGGCCCAUCAGCACCGACCCACUCAUGUUCAACGGCGAGCAACCCAUCAAGAAGAAGCGGGGCCGCCCCAAGAAGGUGCUGGAGGACGGCUCCAUCCCUGCCCCGAAACGCCCCGGCCGCAAACCCAAGGCCCUCAAGGAGAUGCUGGCCCAGCAGGCCCCGCCCCAGCACCUGCACCACCCACAGCUGGGCCAGCACCCCCAGCUGGGCCAGCAGCAGCCCCCAGUGGGCCUGGCGCACAUCAACGGAAUGAUGUCCCCUGCGGGCUACAGCCCCACCCCUGGUGCUCAGACCUUCUCCCCCCAGUACGGGGGCCACACCCCCGUCCAUGGGGGGGGCAGCCUCACCCCCACCCAGACCCCCGGCCACACCCCGGCCCUGGUGCCCCGGGGACCAACGCCCCAACAGUUUGGCCAGAGCCCCGGCUACUCCCCUGGCCCCGUGGUGAACCAGCAGCUGCCGCCCCGGGGCCUGUAUCCCCCGCCGGUGGGCGAGGCGGGGGGCGGAGACCUCAAGGUGGACGAUGAGCACCACUUGGGGCUGUCCUCACCCCCGGCGUCGCCCCUCAUGGCCCAGCCAGACUUUGAGCCCCCCAGUAGCAUGCCGGAGGGUGACCUGUCCUUGGGGGCCUCUGACACGGCUAGCAGCGGCGCGGCCCUCACCCCCGCCCACCGGGAGGAGGGCAAGACGCCCCUGCCCCUGGCCAGCAGGGAGCAGCCCCCCCAGCACACCCCCACCAUGCCCGGCCAGUUCUCCAACCCCACCACCCCCGGGGACGGCACCUCCUACCAGAACUACCCCUCGUACUCCUCCAACCCCUCCACCACCUCCCACUCCCCCUCCAUGGUGAAGCCCGCGCCGCUGCACCCCGGCCAGUCCCCCACGUUGGGCGGCAAGACGGACGUGGCCUCCAAGAGCCUGUCCGGUCUGGAGUCGCUGGUGGACCAGAUCCCCAGCCUGGCGGAGCACGAGACCAGCAGCCAGCACUCCGCCCACUCCAACUCCGCCCCCUGCUCCAACCCCACCACUCCCGGACCCGCCGUGCCCCCCGCCCCCUUCAGCCCCGGCCACGUUCCGCCCACCUCCUCCUACCAGAGCUACUCCGGGGGCGGCGGGUCGGGGGGGGCGUACCCUGCCUCGCACUACGGGUCGCCCCAGCCCGGCCACCCGUACUCCCCGCACUACAGCUCCAACAGUACAAACCUGAGUACAAAUUUCAGCGUGAGCUCCCUGGCCAACAGCAGUCUCAGCACCACCAUGUCGUACAGCAGCGCCGGCGCCUACGACCUUGGCUCCCCCCAGCAGCAGGCAUCCUCCUCCUCCUUCAGCGUCUCCUCCCUCACCAGCUCCGCCCCGGCACCCUCCCCCUCCAUGUACAGCCAGUCCUACUCCCCCGCCCCGCCCGCCGCCGCCCCGCCCUCGCACUCCUCCUACCCGGACAUCAUGAGCUCCUCCAUGCUGGCCCACACCCCGCCAAUGGGCUCCUCCUUCAUGGGGUCACCCAGCCUCAUGUCCUCCCCGACCCCCAUGAGCUCAAGUAUGGGAGGGUCAUCGAUGGGUGCUAUGGGGGCCCUACAUUCCUCUAUGGGCAUGACUGGGUCGCAACUACCCUACCCAUACUCUCAGUACAGUGACACCUCCCCUGGCUAUCCCCCGCCCAGCCACUCCACCUUCCCCUACCCCCAACCGCCCCUGGGUUCCACGUCCCCUCCCCACGCUUCCCUUACCCCUACGGCAACUCCCCCUACACGCAGGGGUACUCCCAGAAUGCAAUGCUGGAGAGAAUUAAACAGACAAGCAUGGGCAUGGGGUUCGGAGGGUUCUGAGGCGGUGGGCGGACGACGGACGGACAGACAGACGGUGGUAGGAGUAGUACAGUACUAGACUACCGCGUGGUGUAGUGUACUAAUGAAGCCAUGUCACGGAGGCGGCGUACGUGCGUGUGUGUGUGUCUCUCCCGCACAUCGCUGCCAUGCUCACUGUUCUUUAUCUGUCGGCUCCCUCCUUGUGUUGGCUUUUUUUAUAUUUGUUACCCCCGCCCCGCCCCGCCCCCCAUCAGAGCACCAGCCGGGACCCCGUUCCGUGCCCCAGCUGCCCCGUGAAGUGACGCGUGUGUGGGGCCGCGGCUAUAGGAGUGUUUGCCAUUUUCGACAGGGUAACCUUAUUGCUAAGUGUACAUUGUUUGUGAGGCACCAUGCACUCCCUCCCUCCACCACACCCCACACCACGCCCCGCCCCGCCCCGCCCCGCACCCCAUGGCCGUGAUCUCAAGGCCAAGCCAAGCCAAGCCCCGCCAUGGGCCGCCCCGCCCCGCCCCGCUGCCCAGAACCGGGGAAAACGCACUCUUACAAAAUAUCCCGGUGAACUGCUAAUGACAAACUGGUGUGCUGUGCGUACGUGUGGGCGGGGCCGGGGCGGGGCGGGGGCUGGGCGGGGCCGGGUGGCGAGUCUAGGUAUUUAGUGACGCGACGCAGCAGCAGCAGCAGGAGAAACGGCCGCGGUGUGACAGUGGCGGGCUGCCGUUGAGUGUUUGUUGUGAUGAGUGUUAAUGGUGACGCAGGAGACGUGAAGAUGCGAGAUGCAGAGUUCCUUCCAGAAGAUAAUGUGAACUUGUAGUAUUAAGGCGACGACGAUGUGGGAAAGCCCUUUUUUGUAGCGAGAGUCGGAGGCGCAGAUAGAUACUCUUCAAAAAGGUGCAAUAUAAUAUGACAGCCUGCCGACUUCUCCAGCACUUUACAAUCCACAUAUUACUACACCACACUUGUUUACCCCAACCACCUCCCCCACUAUCUGUACACCUCCACACCCUCCACCACCUCCUCCCCACCACCUUGCCUCCCCAAACACUCAAAAAAACAACCCCAUAACUCUUAAUCAGUGGAAAAAGAUGACAAAUUUUUGAUAUUAGAAUUGUUUUGUCUAAUCCUCCUAACCACACCACCCCCACUAUCUGUACACUCCCCAUCCACCUCCACAACCUUCUCCCCACCACCUUGCCUCCCCUGACACUCAAAUAACACCCCUAAAUUAAUGGAAACAAUGGAAUUUUUAAGAUUAUUGCAGUUAUUUCCUCAAUACCACCACCUCCUCCUCCUCCUCCUCCUCCUCCUCCUCCUCCUCAUCCCAAGCUCAAACCAGUCAGCCCCAAACUUUUUAAAAAUCAGUGGAAAGUGACAUUUUUUAUCAUUAUUAGGAGUAUUUACUUGACUACCACCACCAUCACCGCCACACACACACACACACACACACACACACACACACACACACACACACACACACACACACACACACACACACACACACACACGAAGUAAACCUUUCAGUAAUCACUAAGAAAUGUCAGUUUUUUUUAGAUUAUCGAAACUUCACCACCACCACCACCACCACCACCACCACCACCACCACCACUAUCCUACCCCCUAACCUAAUCCCACUUCUCUGUCUUAUGGAUAUAAAACUCAAAAAUCAACUUUUUUCCAUAAACCUACAAAAAAAUCUGUAGAAAUUGAUCUUUUCACAAUUCUCAAAGUGUCAAAAUUGAUAAAAUUCUCACUACUAUUAUUACUACUACUACUACUACUACUACUACUACUACUAUAACCUCUCCUAUCACCUCCAUAACCUGCCUCCAACCUCACACACACACACACACACCAUCUAUACAGCGAAAGACAGAGAAAUACACACACACACACACACACACACACACACACACACACUACCUAUACAACGAAAGACAGAGAAAUACACACACACACACACACACACACACACACACACACACACACACACACACACACAAUGGAUAAUUUUGAUGUUUUAGUAAAUUUCAAAUCAUAAGACUAUUUGAGAGACAGCCAAGUCAUGAAAUACAGAACAGUUCCCCAGCCUUCCCCUUCUCCCCUUCUCCCCCAACACACACACAAAGCCCUUCCCCAAAUAGUUAAACAGAGCUACCUUGACCCCAGUCCUCCCCUUCCCUCUCCUCCCUCUCCCCGAAAAAAAACCAGCUUUCUUUCCACAACUAUGAGCAAUAUUUCAAUUCUAUUAGUAUUUUUCACUGGUCUCCUCCUCUCCAGCCUCCCCCGCCUCCCCAGCCUCCCCCAGCUUCCCCAACGCACUGGUCUGCUCCUCCCCAAACAGUGACGGAUAAGAACAUAAGGAAUUUCGUUUUUCAUUAUUUAUUGUAAGAUUUUCACCUCAACAGACAACUCCAGUGGUAAAAGUCUCCUCGCCAUCCUUCCCCAACUCAAAAUAUCUAUUCCCCAAACGAAUUAGAUGGAAAAAACAUGAAUUUCUCAGCAGACUUUUAAUAUAUUUCACCACAAAAUGAUCCCCUUAUUUAUUCUCAGCUCCCCAACCUUCCUUCCCCAACACAAAAUACCUAUUCCCCAAACGAAUUAGAUGGAAAAAAGUGAAUUUCUCAGCAGACUUUUAAUAUAUUUCACCACAAAAUGACCUUAUUUAUUCUCACACCUCCCCAACCCUUCCUUCCCCCAACCUUCCCCAACACAAAAUACCUAUUCCCCAACCGAAUUAGAUGAAAAAAAACACGAAUUUCUCAGCAAACGUUUAAUAUAAUUCCCCACAAGAGAA